GCCAGCUGCCUUUAAAUUUGGGGAGCAGCCCUGCGAGAAGUGCACCCAGACGUCCCUAGGGCCUCUUUGCAGACAGACGGCUCGCAGCUGCUGGAGGGGCCGGGCUGGGUGUCCCUUCCGUGGGAAAUGGGAAACUGCGAACGCACCCGAAAGACCCUGCGGUGUGGUAGUUCCUGUCAGUCCGACAUCCGACUCGGUUGGCGUCCUGAGUUAACCAACGUUAAAUGGAGCCCCGAGAGUCAGGAACACAAACAGCGCUCUCUGAAUUUGCGUAUGGUUUCACCAAGGAAAAUAGGGACAUUAGGUGCCCUUUCAGGAAUAGGCAGCUUUAGAUCACAGAGGAUCCGAUCCAGUUCUCCCGACCUUGAUGAAUGAGGAUUUCAGGUUUUUUUCCCCUUCCUAUACUUUUUUUUUUGCUAUUUCUGUGGUUUAAUCCUUUUGAAAUGUGACCUUAGUUUUUUUCUUUGAAGUCCCGCACAGCUCCCGUGCUGGCAAAAAGUCGAUGUGCAUUCGAUACAUUGCGAUAAUAGAGGACUGAUUUGUCUCUGAUGAGAUGGUAGGGAUUGUCUUGAUAUUGGAGAAAUAAAUAUUCUCCGAAGAACUGUCAACAAGAGUGACUUCCAAGGGUAGAGCGCUUGCCUGCCCGGACCAGGGCGGGCCCAGGCUAGAGUCUGGAAGUGGAACAGGUGAUUUCUCUAGUUUGAGUUACCUGUUCUUCCCCAAUGUCCUCUAAGGAACGUACACCGAGACCUGACUGCCUCGGUAAAACUAGCACUAAACUAAACCAGUUAAUGAGAGGAGACAGCCCUUCCUAAGGGUAGAGUUGUAACUGGAAGUUUGGGAAACUGAAAAAUAACUUGGGAUAGUUGAGUGGUCCUCAGUGAGGGAAAUGUUACAUCAGAAAGUAGAUAAUUGGGUCAUUUAACUUUCAGCUUUUAGGACAACCCUGGAUACAGACAGAUAUCCAGUGGUAAAAGAAGACACGACAACUGCCUGUAAAAUUUUAUAUAUUUAGUUCCCAUUUCCCCUUUGUCUUGCAGUUUAAUGUGUUCUUGUCAUGUGUUCUGCCAUCAUUGGCUUUACUUCUUAAAAAAAUAGCUGCCAUUUAUGGGUCAUGUGCUGUGGCUGGGACUGCUAAUCAUUUCCAGUGUUUCUAAUCACAGGGACCAAAUGAGGUAGAGACUGCUGUUUUAUGGAUGAGGUGACUGAGACUCACAGAGGUUAAGUGACUUGCCUGACACACAAAGCCAAGGUUUGAAUGUUCUUAAAAAAUUAAACAUACCUUUAUUUAAUAUUUUAAAGAAAUGUACACAAUGAAAUGUCAAUGAAAAGCUUACAAUAAGAAGCAACAGUCCCCUGUCCCACCUUUCAGUCCCCCUCCUCAGAGACUUUUACAUCUUUUUGUUGUUUCUUCAAGUUCUUAAUAGCUCUAAAUGAUAAGCUGGUAUUAAUUUUACACGUUUUUGACUUGGUUACGAUAGUAUGAUCUAACUCUUUGUGUCAUAUUCCACCUCUUCUAUCCCCUGAAUUCACUGUGCUCAGUUAACUCAAGUUGUUAUACAUUGUUUGCUUCACAGCCAAGUAAUGCAUUUUCCUUCUAAUACAGCUGUUUGUUUUUUCUAUUGUUUGUAAUGGCCUUUCUUUUUCUUUGCAUUUCCGGCUUCCAUUGACUUCUUACAUUGUUUUAAAUUCUCAAGGGUAGUGUCAAAUCUUUUCAACUUUCCCCUUCCUCUCCAGUCCACUGUCUUCUUUUUCUAAUCUGGAUUGAUUUUUCUAUGCCAGCAGUGGUAUCAUUCUGGUAUUUUCCUUUGUUAUACAUAUCUGGGUUUGUUCAGGGCUUCAUAUUUUAGUCUUGGUUUUCUUCAUUUCAGUGAGAACCUUUGACCAAGUAGCCUUAUUCCUUUAGGGUAACUUUUUAGGAUCCUCUUUGGUUUUAGGACAUUUCAGGAGUCCCAAAGGAUGUGCUCUUUGAUCCUGGGGGCUUGUCCUUCAACUCUGGGAAAGUCUCUUGUAUUAUUUAUUUGAGAAUUUCUUCUCUUUUGCUCUUCUCUUUUCCAAGUUCCUGUUAAUUUGGUGAUGGGCAUCUUGACCACCUGAAUCUCUUAUCUUUAUCUUCUUCCUGUGUCAUUUUAUUUCUGGGAGAAGGCUUCAAUUUAUCUUCCAAUCCUGUUUUAAAUUUUUUAUUUCCAUAAUUGAAAUGUUAAUUUCCAAGAGUAUAUUUGUUCUAUUCCUUUUUCAUAGUAGCUUAUUUUUUAAUGCAUUAUCUUCUUUACACUGAGGAUACUAGUAAGGAUUUUUUCAUUUUUUUUUCUGAUUUCUUAUUUCAUCUAGUGUCACUGUUUUUUUAAAAUACUGGCUUCUUGCUUUGUAUGGCAAGUACUCCUCAAUUAUUGGUACUUGUUAUCUAAAGCAAGAGGAAGGUGGUAGAUCUGAGUCUGUGGGGUUGGUUUUGAAAAUGUGUGGUUUCCCUUUGGGUGACUGGGAACUUGUUAUUGUGCUUGGAACUUGAAUGCCAGAUGGCUAAGAGAUUUGCUCUGGGCCUUCCAGCAUAAGACCCCUUUGAUUGGGUGUGGCCCGCUUGGUCUAAGGGGCCCCUUGUACAGCUCUCCUGUACCAGGACUGUCUUCCAUGUGCAGGCGCAGACUUCGACCUCUCCUUCCCAGCAUGCUGCAGGCUUACAGCCCCCCUUUGGUUGUACCCACUCUUGUGUGCUCCACAUUGCUAUUCCCUUUGCUCUCUUUAGAUCCUGUUAGUCUGCCAGAAAUUUGCAAAAUCUCUUGUCUGCCUUCUUAUUUUCUUUCUUGUGGGUUUAUUAUGUGCUAUUAAAAUAAUUUUAAUGGGAUGAGCAGAGAUCACGUGUAUACCAGUCAGUUCCUGAUUAUGAGCAGGAAUUCCAGAACCUAUUCUCCUCAUCCCUGUGCUCCUCUUUGAUGCCUCCCAGUGGCCUAGGUGAUGAUGCCCACCAUCAGUGGGACCUCGGUCCAGUCACAAUCACCAUGGCUGCUUCCUUAUUGCAAGUGUGGGAGGAUGGUGUGCGUUCCUUGUGGAGGUUCUCCUGGCUCUGCAGUCUUGGAGAGGGUAUCAGGUUCAGCUGGGGAAGGCUAACCAUAGAUGGGUCUUUUAGCAAAGAUUGUGAUUUCAGAUUCUUCAGUCAGUUUCACAGAAUAUCAGUGUACUAAGAGAGCAUUUCUGUGUACCAAAGUUUAAGGAAUGACUCUAGUUAAGCAGUGAUGACUGUACUCGAAGUGUAAUCUUGAUGCGUUUUAGUUGAUUGUUCUUUGAAAGUUGUGCACAGUAGAAUGCACCAGCUGUAUUUGCCAAGGCCUUGCAAGUGAAGUGGUCCAUGGGCCAGGAGCGUCACCAUUACUGGGCAUUUUAGAGAAAUGCAGACUCUCAGGCCCUGCCCAGAUGUAUGGAAUCAGAAUCUGUAGUUUUAUAAACUUAAUUUUUACAAAAGAGUUGUAAAAAUUGUUUAGAGAGCUUUCCUACUCCCUUUACCUAUCUCCCCUAAUGCUGACAUCAUACAUAAUCAAAUAUCCGUAGGAAAACCAGAAAAUUAACAUCGGCAUGGUAUAUUAACUAAAUAAUAGACCUUAUUGAACAGUUUUCCACUAAUGUCCUUUUUCUGUUUCAGGAUCUAAUCCGGGAUCCCACUCUUCAUUCAGUUGUCAUAGCUCCUUAAAUCUCCUCCAAUCUGUGAUAUUUAUAUAGCCCCAAAGUAUAUCUCCCAAGAAAUUUAUAAAUUGCAAAGAGAAAAUUAGUAAUAUCACAGUGAAAACACCCAGCAGAUACCACCUUAACAUCAUCAGUAAUAAGACGUAAUGAUAUGUAACCUGGUAUGAUGCACUGAAACAUACCCUCAGAUGAGAAAUGCAUAUGCUCAGUCUAAUCAUGAGAAAACUCAUGAGGGACAUUUGCCAAAUAUUGACUAGUGCUUUUCAGAAGUGUCCAGUUUUGUUUUGUUUUUUUGGUGGGUUUUUUUUUUGCUUAAAUUUAUUUUCUCACAGUUCCUGGAGACUGGAAAUCUGAUACCAAGAUGUCAGCAGGUUUCUUUCCUUCUCAGGCCUCUCUCCUUGGUUUGCAGAUAGAUGGCCACUUUUCUGUGUCCUCCCAGAGUCUUUCCUCUGUACAUACAUGUCUGGUGUCUCUUUGUAAAAAUUUCCUUUUCUUAUAAGGAUACCAGUCAUAUUGGAUUAGGGCCCACCUUAAUGGCUUAUUUUAACCACCUCUUUAAAGUCCCUGUCUCCAAAUACAGCCACAUUCUGAGGCACUGGGGCCAAAGUUUCAACAUGAAUUUUGGAGAGACACAAUUAUAUCCAUAACAGGAGAAGGCAGUUCCAGAGAUUUUUGAGGAAACUAAUUUCCAUGCUGCAUCUAUACCCCAGAUUCUUGGACCAUCACCUAGUUGGUGUAAUUGUUAGUAUCAGCUGAAGUAAAACCUUACAAAGGCUAUCAGGAAAAGCAUAAAAGGCAAAUAGUAAUGGUUUCUAGCACAUGCACACUCUCUUUCUUUGAGGUUUAAAGUUGAUUAUGAAUACUUUAAGAAAUAAAUGUCAGGUUUUGAUAUAAUUGCAAAAAAUAUGUAAACUUAAUAAACUUUUUCUGCUUUCUUGUGGUAUUUCCCCUCACCAGAUAGUAGUCGGGAUCUUUUUCUGAUCCACUGUUUUGAAUUAAGUGCAUUUGCUUUUUUCCCAGAUUGAUUUUCAGGAUAAAACACACAGUUCUUUUCUUAAAAACAUAUACUUUUCCUAGAUAUUUUUCUUUUAUUAUUGUAGAAUAGCACAUCCACAUAAAAGAAAUUUCUGAAAAAAUCCCCCUCUAAUCCUACCACAUUCAUACGUUAUAUAUCUGAGAAUACUUUUCCAGUUUUUAUCUGCAAAAGACACUUUUUUACAUAAUUUGUCUACAUAUGAACAUAACAUUUUCAGUGACUUUUACUUAAAAAUAUGAGUUAUUUUCCCUGUUUCUGUAGUUCUCAUGAUAACCUGUAAUGGGUGUAUAACAUUUCUUGAGUGGAUGUAUCUAUCAUAACUUGCUUAGCAGUUCUUUUAUUGUUGGUCAUUUAGGUCGUUUCUAGUUAUUCUCUGCUCUAGGAUGUGGCCUGGAGUAGAAGUGUCCAGUCUUGAAAGAUGGGGAAAGACUCAAUUUGCAUUUAAAAAAAUUGCCAGGUGUUGUUUAUUCACUUUGGUGCUGAAGAAUACCUCCUGUGCUAGAUGGUCACCAAGGAAAUAAGAGACAGUGAACCACAAACCUUGUUUUGUGGAUUGGUUAUUUAGGUGUGCUAGGCACAGAUUCUAGAUGAGUUUUCAUUAGUGAUUUAUUGAUAACACCUGUUAUAGUUUAUUAGCCUUAGUUUUUCCUUAUGAUCUUCAUCUAUACUGUAUGUAUCCUGAAAACAUUAGCUAUACAAUUAAAUAUGUUACAUGACAGUGCCAAACUGACUUUAAAAUGCCCAUGUAACUUUACUACUUUAACUAUUUAAAUCUGGAAACAAUAAACAUUUUCUCAUUUUGAAGAAAAGACUUCUGUGGGGAAAAUACACAUUAAGGGUCUCAAUGAGAAUGUCUCAGAUAAAAGCUUUAAAAAUUUUCCCUAUACUAGAGGUAAAUAAAAAUCGUUAUUGUUUUCUCUGACUUCAUAUAUAUGGUGGUCGUAAAAACAAAAUCACAUAAUGAAUUGUUCAUCAGAAGUGCUCGGAACCAUUCUGAAAUGUUCAUUUUGUGGGGAUGUGAGGAGUUUCAGGGACUUUGAGAGCAAAUAUUGAGUGGGAUCACAUGGAUGCAAUUUGUUCUUAGAAAGCUAUACUUGUUUUCUUGUUCAUGGACAGUUUUGGAGCUCAGUUAGCACAUCACAGAUGAAGAAAAUCUUAGCAGUCAUCUCUGCCUUCUCAAAUAGUUUUUAAAAUACUUAACUCUUAGGUUUCCCACUUUUCUCCUGUGCAGGAUGUGAAACCACUUAAAGAUGAGAGCUUCAGCUACUCAUUUUAUGCCCUCUGCCUUACCUUUGGCUCUGUCCACUGUUCAGGGCUGUGCUCAGCCUGGUCCCUGGGAAGAGAGGGUGUCUGUCCUCAGUCCUAGAAGCAACAAAAAAUUUAAUUCGACUUGCUUCAUGGGUUCUCCCAGGAUCAUUCAAGAGCUCAGUAUGGCUGCUUUGCCUUAUUGGGACAUCUAUAAAUCCACUAAAAUCUGAAUCAGAAAUCCCUCUUUACAGCCAACAGGAGGUGGAGCAGGAAAAACCAAUCCAGACCUGUAGGUUCUCCUGGAGCAGUUGCUGAGGAUGAAGGUUGAAGAAACUCCCAGUGUUCAGCACAGGCACCAGGUUCAGAGAAUAUUACUGGAUAUAACUGAGGUGAUAGAAUCCUAGCCCUGUGUGAGUUUGAUUCUUGCUCAUUUAUCGGCCCCUCUCCUCUCACUCUGGAUGAUGUCAGAACAGGAUCUGGCGGACGUGGUGCAGAUUGCAGUAGAAGACCUGAGUCCCCAUCACCCAGUUGUAUUGGAGAAUCAUGUAGUGACAGAUGAAGAUGAGCCAGCUUUGAAACGCCAGCGAUUAGAGAUCAAUUGCCAGGACCCUUCUAUAAAGUCAUUCCUGUAUUCCAUUAACCAGACAAUAUGCUUGCGAUUGGAUAGCAUUGAAGCCAAGCUGCAAGCUCUCGAGGCUACUUGUAAAUCAUUAGAAGAAAAGCUGGAUCUAGUCACGAACAAGCAGCACAGUCCCAUCCAAGUCCCCAUGGUGGCAGGCUCCCCUCUCGGCGCGACGCAGACGUGCAACAAAGUGCGAUGCGUCGUCCCCCAGACUACAGUAAUACUCAACAGUGAUCGGCAGAACGCCAUUGUAGCCAAGAUGGAAGACCCCUUGAGCAACAGGGCACCGGAUUCCCUGGAAAAUAUCAUUAGCAAUGCGGUUCCCGGGCGUCGGCAGAACACCAUUGUGGUGAAGGUGCCAGGGCAAGAAGACAGCCACAACGAGGACGGGGAGAGCGGGUCCGAGGCCAGUGACUCCGUUUCCACCUGUGGACAGUCGGGAAGUCAGAACAUCGGGAACAACGUCACUCUCAUCACCCUGAACUCAGAAGAGGACUACCCCAACGGCACCUGGCUGGGAGACGAGAACAACCCUGAGAUGCGGGUGCGCUGUGCCAUCAUCCCCUCUGAUAUGCUGCACAUCAGCACCAACUGCCGCACAGCCGAGAAGAUGGCGCUGACACUGUUGGACUACCUCUUUCACCGGGAGGUGCAGGCUGUCUCCAACCUCUCAGGCCAGGGGAAGCACGGCAAGAAGCAGCUCGACCCCCUCACCAUCUAUGGCAUCCGGUGUCACCUCUUCUAUAAAUUUGGAAUCACGGAAUCUGACUGGUACCGAAUAAAACAGAGCAUCGACUCCAAAUGCAGGACAGCCUGGCGGCGGAAACAGCGAGGCCAGAGCCUAGCCGUGAAGAGCUUCUCUCGGAGAACACCCUCCUCAUCCUCAUACAGUGCAUCAGAGAGCAUGAUGAGCACGCCGCCACCCGCCACUGAGAUACCACAGCCCCAGCCACAGGCCCUGCACUACGCCUUGGCCAAUGCCCAGCAGGUCCAGAUCCACCAGAUUGGAGAGGACGGACAGGUCCAAGUAGGUCACCUUCACAUCGCUCAGGUGCCUCAAGGGGAGCAGGUACAGAUCACGCAGGACAGUGAGGGCAAUCUACAGAUACACCAUGUGGGACAGGAUGGGCAGGUGCUGCAGGGGGCCCAGCUAAUAGCUGUGGCCUCUUCAGACCCUACUGCUGCAGGAGUGGAUGGGUCGUCUCUGCAGGGCAGUGACAUCCAGGUCCAGUAUGUCCAGCUGGCGCCAGUGACUGACCACACCACAGCAGCUCAGACAGCCGAGACCCUGCAGCCCACCCUGCAGCCCGAAAUGCAGCUUGAGCACGGAGCCAUCCAGAUCCAGUGAUGCAGGACAGGCUGCCCGACCACAACAGGACCCAAGGUGGAGGAGCUGUCGCCGCUCUCAGCGCCGGCUCCAGCCAACCACCCAGUUCUACAUGCGCCUGGCCCCAUGGCUUCCACAGG